GGACUUAAACCAGACGAAAACCCACAAUACAUUGUUUUCUUCACACACGUCUGAAAUUUAAGAACGGGUUGGUGUUGCAGCUACAUUCUGCAGUGUGAAGAGACUGAUCUGCACGUAAAUAAUUCAGGACACUAGACUGUAUUUCUGACUUCCUGAGUGUAGCGUGUUAGCAAACUUUUGAUCAUGGCACUGGACGGAUGUGGCCAGCUGUGCAAGUGUAUCCUCAUCCUUUUCAACAUCCUUUUUGCUCUGGUGGGUUUUGCAAUGUUGGGGUUGGGCUUGUGGCUGAGGUUCAGCUCUGAGACCAGAGGAUUUUUCGACAUAGACCUCAACACACAACAGUUUGUCAUCGGUGUGUCAGUGUUGAUUGCGUUAGGAGCAGUGAUAUUGCUCGUGGCUGUUUUCGGAGACUAUGGAGCAUGCAAUGAGAAUAGGACUGCAUUGGGAGUGUUUUCCUGCCUGCUGGCUAUCCUGGCUGGAUUAGAGAUUGGAGCCGGUGUGUUUGCCUACAUGAGAAGCGAUGAGGUGGGAGAGCAGCUGGCAAAAUUCUAUAUAACUGUGUACGCUCAGUAUGUGGACAAAGGAGACCCUGGCUUGACUGUUACCCUGUCCAUGUUCCACAAUGUGUUGCACUGCUGUGGACUCAUUGGUGCCUUGGACCCCUUGGUCAAAAGAACAUGUCCCGAUACCGGCUUUUUGGAGACCUUCACUCUCCCUGCCUGCCCCACAGUGAUCGUCAACCUCUUUGAGUCCAAAGCGCCUCUGGUGAUGGGCCUCUUCCUUGGGACUGCUGCUAUGCUGAUCUUUGCCCUGGUGUGCAGCUCCCUCCUCAGCAAAGAGAUCCAGCGCUCCCAGUCCUCUCCUCCCCCCUACAUCCUCCUCUCCUCUGCUGUCCUCUCCACCCCUAACCAGGACCCUGUGGUCUUUUCCCCGCUCCCUGUCAUCAUACCUGUGGCUAAUGCACUGUAACUCCUUACCCCUCCAUCUUUAUUUACACCAAUGAUCUAUGCUUCUUUCCUUGCACAUAGAUUCUUUCUUUCCACUGCUCAGUAAGGUCAAUGUCUAGUCUCACUGCAAGCUAUCCAACUUGUCCCAUUUAAAUGUCUGGAAUUAGUGUUUCUCGUCUUCAAUUCACACUCCUUUGGUACAUUUGCUUGUCUCAGAAGCCAUAUUUUAGGUGGGGAUUUGCACUAAUGAAUCUCACCCUGUUGCAGCAUGUGGUCUAAUCCUGAAGGUGAUCGGGGGGUGAUUGCUCCACCCUGCUCUCUUUAUCUGAUCCCAUUCUGCUUAACCCUUUCCUCCCUGCAUCCCCACCUCCUCCUGUUGCUCCUAGAUCACGGCCCUGGUGUGCUGCAGCAUCCUCAUGAAACAGAUCAAGAGGAGUCACCUCUCUGCCCCCUGUACCACAGCCAGGCUGUGUAUUGAGGGGACAGGACCACCACCAUAUUCAAACACAGUUUUCUCCACUAGGAGACCAAACCAGAUAGUUGUCAUUCAGUGAACAUCACCCCAUCCUUUCACAUAAUACUUCUGGAGAGGCGCCCAAUAAAAACGGAUGUCCUAAUUAGCUUUCAUUCAUUUGCGUAGCUGGUCAGGGCUCUAGAUCAUCUUGACAUGCCAUUAGCAGCGCUCAGAAGAAUGAGACCACACCAUCCAUUUAGAUGACAUAUGAACAGGGCAGACAAGACACUGUUGCUCUGUAGCAGCUGUUUGUUCUGCCCCUCUUCCCACUGUAAUUUGUCCUUAAUCUUCUUCUUUUUGUUUUUAAACAAUCUUUUUAAUCACUUAUCAAAUGUUAGUGAAUAGCUGCUCUUGCUGACAUGAAUGCUGCUUACAUGAAAGGGGCCAUUUUAUUAGAUAUUCAAGGCUCCGUAUGACUGAGGGCACUACUGUAAUCAGAGAAGUGAAGCUGCUCAUGCUUUAAAAAGAAAUAAUCGCUGUCCAACAUGUUGACCUUUCCCUGUAAUCACAUCAGUUUAGAAUCAUGUCUGUGUUGCAAUACAUAUCAAUGUACUGCUGACAGAAUUGUGAUCCUAGAAAAUGUAUUUCUUAAGGUUAAUUUUUACAAGGAUUUAACUGCGAACUGGAUUGUUCUGUAGUUGGUUCUCCAUGCCAAAUUGAGUACAUUUAUUAACAAUGUAGUUAAUUAACAUCUUAAUCAUUCUUCACAAUACUAAUCCCCCAACUUCAGCUCCACUUGUACGCUCUGAGGUGAUAUGAAACACCUUUGAUUUCUUCAUUCCAUGUUUGGAUGUUGACGUCGGAUGAUACCAUAUACAAAGUUGAGUCAGGGAUCCUUAAAUAUGUCUCUGGAACGUUCAGAUUUGCUUGACUUAUUCUAUUACAUUGAUGCCAAUUUCUAGCAUGUGAACUGAUUUUUAUAAGCAAACUAAUGUAUGCAACUAGGAUACAUUUCCUUGUAAUUUUGAGUCACUCAAACCUUAUUGCUAUUGGGAAUCAUCUCCCUGAAUGCCCUGUCAAGCAGCAGUUGUAAUGGAGGCUGAGUGAGAUAGAAUAAACACUUCAUAUGGAGUGCCUUGGUACACUAGCCAAAGUGUUGCCCAGUAAACGUAGGAGUGGGCCCAAUGGUGUACCUAACCAGGUCAAUUGUCUUGUAGUGAGAUUGUAUAGAUUUUCAAUUUCCAACACUUGUUUUGCACUGUGAGAACCGCUUAUGUUCUGUUGCAAGCUAAUACUGACUGUGUAACAUGUUUAUUUUUUAUUUAACUAGGCAAGUCAGUUAACAAAUUCUUAUUUACAAAGACAGCCUACCCCAGCCAAACCCUAACGACGCUGGGCCAAUUGUGCGCCGCCCUAUGGAACUCCCAAUCCCGGCCGGUUGUGAUGGAAUCUGAGAUUCUGCACCAAAUGUGGAGCUUUUUGUUAAAAUAAAGUGUUUCAUCCCCUCUUG